AUGGAAGAGUCGGCUCCUGUCAUCAAUUAUAUCCUGAGCUUCUUGCUCGUAGGAAUUGCAUGGGGUGGAACUACCCCUUUCAUCCGCAAGGCCGCGCAAACACAUAACCCAGCACCACAUCCAGUUCUAGAGUCACAGGCCAUCAAGUCGAGCUUUUGGAAGCCCAAGGUAUACGGUGCCUUCUUUGGCGUAGUGGAUUUGCUGCGAAACCCCAGAUAUGCCUUCCCUCUGAUCCUGAAUCUGACGGGCAGCGUCUGGUUCUUCCUCCUCAUUGGACAAGCUGAGCUGAGCUUGACUGUCCCUAUUGUGAAUACCAUGGCAUUCCUAUUUACUGUCUUGGGCGAAUGGUUUGUUGAUGGAAAGAUUAUUGACCUGAACACUGGUGUAGGAAUGGUCCUAUCAUUACUUGGCAUCGGCCUCUGUGUAUAUAGCAAGCAGCAAUAA